CUUUAAUCUGUCCCACAAUCAAAGAGCCGUGUGAGACUCUAAACCAUAUCAUCAACAUCAUCUUCCAAUCUUCACAUUCUUCUUUUCAUUCUUGCAACAAAGCUCACAAACCACCAUGGAGAAGCAAGAAGCAAUAGUUCUGUAUCCAUCACCACCAGUAGGUCACUUAGUAUCCAUGGUAGAGUUAGGCAAACUCAUCCUCUCCCAAAACCCAUCUCUCUCCAUCCACAUCAUCUUAGUCCCACCUCCUUAUCAACCAGAAUCAACUUCCACAUACAUCUCCACCGUCUCCUCCUCCUUCCCUUCAAUCACCUUCCACCGCCUCCCAGCCGUCACACCAUACUCCUCAACAACCUCACAGAGCCACGAGGCACUCAUCUUAGAAAUCAUCUGCUUCAGCAACCCAAACGUCCACAAAACUCUCUUCUCCAUCUCCCAAACGUUCAACCUCCGUGCCAUGAUCAUUGACUUCUUCUGCACCGCCGUGCUAGACAUCACCGUUGACUUCACUUUCCCGGUUUACUACUUCUUCACCUCCGGAGCCGCCUGUCUCGCCUCCUUCUUCCAUCUCCCAGCUCUUGACGAAGCAACCCCCGGGCAAAACCUCAAAGACGUCCACACACUACUCAACAUUCCCGGCGUUCCUCCGGUCAAAGGCUCCGAUAUGCCUAAAAGGCUACUCGACCGCAACGAUGAGGUUUACGAUGCAUUUAUAUCAUUCUCUAAGCAGCUCUCGAAAUCUUCAGGGAUCAUCAUCAACACGUUUGAGGCGUUAGAGAACAGAGCCAUCAAGGCCAUAACAGAGGAGCUCUGUUUUCGCAAUAUUUAUCCUAUUGGACCGCUCAUCGUUAAGACAAGAACCGGAGACAAUAAUAAAAACGCAGACUCUUGUCUGAAUUGGCUAGAUUCUCAGCCGGAACAGAGUGUUGUCUUCCUCUGUUUCGGGAGCUUAGGUUUGUUCUCACAAGAACAGCUCAAGGAGAUUGCUAUUGGCUUAGAGAGAAGCGAGCAAAGGUUCUUGUGGGUGGUUCGUAAUCCACCAGAGUUACAAAACCAAACCGAACCGGACUUGGAAUCUCUCUUACCGGAAGGGUUUCUAAACCGAACCGGAAAUAGGGGAAUGGUGGUUAAAUCAUGGGCUCCGCAAGUUCCGGUUCUGAACCAUAAAGCAAUAAGUGGGUUCGUUACUCAUUGCGGUUGGAACUCUAUUCUUGAAGCGGUUUGCGCGGGUGUACCGAUGGUGGCUUGGCCGUUAUAUGCUGAGCAGAGGUUUAACAGAGUGGUGAUUGUGGAUGAGAUCAAGAUUGCUAUUCCGAUGAACGAAUCGGAGACAGGCUUUGUGAGUUCCAUGGAGGUGGAGAAACGAGUUAGGGAGAUAGUGGAGGAGGGUUUGGUUAGGGAGAGGACCAAGGCUAUGAAGGAUGCGGCUGAAUCAGCCUUGGUUGAAACCGGUUCGUCAAGGCACGCGUUGACUGCUUUAUUCCAGUCGUGGAGUUCAAAACGAUCUUAGACUCGGCAUGAGGAAAUAUUUGGUUCAUUAUGGUAAGUUUUAUGAUAUAAGAAAGGAUUUGGUGUGGGGGUGAAUAAGGUGAUGUGUGACUGAAGAAGACUAUGAUGACCGAUUGAUAUGUGUUCGGAAAAUGCAAGGAAAUCAAGGGGUGAUGAUUGAAAAAUAAAACGGCUAUGCUUUUGUAACAAGUAACUUGGCCUGAGUUUGAAUAAGUUCUCCUUCUUUAUGGGAGAGGCUGGAAAAGUCUUUAUUUCAGUUUGUUGUGCGAGUUUGUUUAUGUUUCAGUUGUAAUAAUGUUAAAAGACCUAUUUAAGAGAUAAUUUACUGAUGCCAAAAAAGAAAAGAGAUCAUUUACUUUGAGUUCAAUAAGAAAGUAAGACUUUUCAGUUACGAGUUUUUUUUUUUUAAUUGUUC